AUGGAGGGCGAGUGCCGGGCGUCUCCGGCGCGCUCCUGGGGCCUCCCGGCUGGGGGCGCCGGCGGGGACAGCCCGGGGGGUGACGUCCCCCUCCCCGGCAGCAUCAGCUCCUCCGCCCUGCUGCAGACCGAGGUGCUGGAUCUGGACGAGGACGAGGACGACCUGGAGGUGUUCAGUAAGGAUGCCUCACUGAUGGACAUGAAUUCCUUCAGCCCUCUGAUGCCGACAUCCCCUUUAUCAAUGAUAAACCAAGUCAAGUUUGAAGAUGAGCCAGAUUUGAAAGAUCUUUUUAUUACAGUCGAUGAACCUGAAAGCCAUGUUACUACAAUUGAAACUUUUAUUACUUAUAGGAUUAUUACUAAGACAUCUCGUGGGGAAUUUGACUCCAGUGAAUUUGAAGUUAGGAGACGUUAUCAAGAUUUCCUUUGGUUGAAAGAAAAACUUGAAGAAGCACACCCAACUCUGAUUAUUCCACCAUUGCCAGAAAAGUUUAUAGUGAAAGGAAUGGUGGAACGCUUUAAUGAUGACUUCAUUGAGACUCGCAGAAAGGCAUUGCACAAAUUUUUGAACCGAAUUGCUGAUCAUCCGACUUUAACAUUUAAUGAAGACUUUAAAAUUUUUCUUACUGCAGAAGCUUGGGAAUUCUCUUCUCACAAGAAGCAAGGGCCUGGGUUACUCAGCAGGAUGGGACAGUCAGUCAGAGCGGUUGCACUGUCAAUGAAAGGAGUUAAAAGUCGCCCUGAGGAGUUCAUGGAAAUGAAUAACUUCAUUGAAAUAUUUAGCCAUAAAAUAAAUUUGAUAGAUAAAAUAUCUCAGAGAAUCUACAAGGAAGAACGGGAGUAUUUAGAUGAAAUGAAAGAAUAUGGCCCAAUUCAUAUUCUGUGGUCGGCAUCGGAAGAAGAUCUGGCUGAUACUCUAAAAAGUGUUGCCAGCUGCAUUGACGAAUGCUGUAAGGCCACUGAAAAACGGAUGUCCGGACUCUCAGAGGCUCUGCUUCCUGUUGUACAUGAGUAUGUGCUUUAUAGUGAAAUGUUAAUGGCUGUCAUGAAAAGAAGAGACCAAAUACAGACAGAACUGGAUUCCAAAGUUGAAGCUUUGACGUCCAAAAAGGCAGAUACUGAUCUGCUUACGGAAGAGAUUGGAAAACUGGAAGAUAAAGUGGAGUGCGCUAAUAAUGCCCUGAAAGCAGAUUGGGACAGAUGGAGACAAAACAUGCAAAAUGAUAUCAAGUCAGCAUUUACAAAUAUGGCUGAGGAAAACAUCCUCUAUUAUGAACAGUGCCUUGCUACAUGGGAAUCCUUCCUUACAUCACAGACAGAUCUCCACUUGGAAGAAGCCUCUGAAGAUAAAUUGUAA